CAGGAGCAGCAAGAAGAUCAAUUUUGCAAGAAGAUGGCCGACAAAAAGCUUUACGAGGACUACGAGUCUAAACUCCAGCCAUACCACAAUGGCAACCUUCCCCUCCAGCCGUAUCGCAAUGGCAGCCCUACCCUUCAGUCUUAUCAUAAUGGCAACAAUGGCAACAGUGGACCUCGAGGCAUCUCUACCGAAGUCAACUACAACUUUUCGCGAGCCAACUUGAGACUCACACCAGGCAUGCCAAGCUCUGAUGACAGCUUCAUCGGUAACUAUAGCGAGACUGAGAAGUCCGCUGGUCCCAAUCUUACCGAGUUUGCCAGUAUCCAGCUCACCGACUCCGCCGCCGAGCUCUGGAAGCCUCAAGAAGGUCUCAAUCAUAAUGGACGCAACAUGCAGCCCGGUCUGGUGGCCGUGCCUCGCGAUGGUACCGUUGAACCCAACCCCACCAAGCCACCCAUUGCUCUGUCGGGUCCUCACACUCAUCACGGCACUUCCUUGAUCUGGACCAGUGCCAAAGAGGCCACACGAGUGCGUUAUCAUAAGAACAUGGCAAAGCUUCAUCACAUGGGCUUUGGAAACUCCCCCUUCAUCCCGAAGACAUUCGCGGAGUGGUCGAGGCUGAAGAACGACCAAGUUGGAACCAGGCUUGCCUACUAUCAGCGUCAACUUCAGCAGAGCCAGAGCGAGCUUGCGGCCAGGCGUCAAGAACUGGCCAUCGGCAGCGACAUCGCCAGGACCGAGAUCUUUCCGACCCUGUCCAGCAAGCUCAAGAGCACUGCCCAGCGCGACUGCAAGUCCACCGUUUUGGCACGAGACAGCAUCUGGACCACCACGUACACCGACGACCCCGAGACCGACUGGCCGCCGUACGUGGAGUUCAAGAGAGAGGGCGACGACCGAGUCAGGGGUUGGCGAGACUAUGGUCGCCAGCUGCCUCUACCCCGAAUGCGCACGAUGGCCAAUAUGCAUUACAAGCACCUCUACCUCGAUACCAAGCCAACGGAUUCCGCCAUCAAGGGCCCCGACGUUCCUUAUCACCUUCGCAAGAUCAAUCCCGACAUGUGCAGCGUUCACAAGGAUACCAUGCCGCAGACUGAAGAUGCUGCUCCGGUCUCAGUUCCCCCUGGAUUCCGCUGUGGUGCUGGUGACGCAGAGCAGAUUGGUAUCGAAGAGCUUGAUGGUUUCACUCGGGAACUCAUCGAGGAAAUCGACAACAUGGAGUAGGUUUUGGAUUCUGGUGCGGAUGUGGACUCUGCAUACCACCUGGGGGUUUUUGCGAGUAGUGAGGUCUUGCGGCGGCGGGAUAUGAAUUGGAAUACCACCUGGCUGCUUUGUGGGUAUUGAGUUCCUGCAAUGCGGAUUUCGGCGUUGGAUGGUGAGAUCUUCAUCGCAUUGCAGCAUAUGAGUUCGGC